CAGUAUAAAUACAGAAACACUCCUGGCAUCAGCAUCAUCGGUCUGGAUCUUCAGAAGCCAUGCUGCUCUUCAGACUCAGCACAACAAUGUUGCUUGCAGCAGUUUGCCUGUUCGUGGUAUCAGGGGUUUCCACAGACACAGUCACAACCUGUGUUGACAGCAACAUUCCCCAUCGUCUAGAAUGUGAGAAUGGAGUGAUCAGGGUGCAGUCUGCCCUGUAUGGACGUAAAAACAACAAAACCUGCAGUGAAGGCAGGCCUCCAAGGGAAUUCAGCAACACAGGAUGCUCUCAAAAUGGAACUGGGGAUUUUGUCAAAAACAGGUGCAACGGAAAGAAGGUGUGUGAGAUCAGCACAAACGAUGUGAUCUCUCCUGAUCCCUGCUAUGGAACUUACAAAUAUCUACAGACUAACUUCACCUGUGUGCCUGCAAUUCACCUCAUUGCAUGCUACCAGUCUUAUGCAAAUCUGAAUUGCGAUAAAGGACGGGUCAUAUCUGUCCUUGGUGCCUACUUUGGACGUGAUAACAAGGCUGUCUGCUAUGCCAGCCGACCUCCCUCCCAGGUUGAAAAUGUCUACUGCUCCAACUCCACCCAGAUAGUCGCCCAAAGUUGUAAUGGGAGAAACAGCUGCACCAUCAAAGCAAGCGGCUCUGUGUUUGGAGAUCCCUGUUUUGGAACAUUUAAGUACCUGGAGUUGUCUUAUGUUUGUAAAUAACCUUUAAUUCGGUGAUGUUGGUCCUAUUCUAUCUUAUUUACAACCUUUGAUUUAGUGGAACAUUUCUUUCUUUUUACUAGACAAGUGAAAUAUCUAGUUAUAAAACGAAGUAUAAAACACCCCCACACACACACACACACACACACACACACACACACACACACACACACACACAAAGAAAUAUUUUUUCUUUUAAGAAUACUGUCUUUUCUGUAAAAUGUAAAAAUUCUUUCACAACUGGACUUUACUUUAUCAGCAACACCAACCAAAAGUGUAGUAUAUGUGAUUGAUUGUUGCAUUUUUCAUUACAAAAUUAAAUGCUUUUACUCUUAAAAACAAUGUUCUUCAGUUCUAUUAUUUGGUGGUGGUGGUAGUGGUGCGGGGGCUUAAACACAGGAUCCUAAUUCACUAAUUGUACAAUUUAGUUUUUAAAAGCAUCUCAAAAAGUCCUCAGCAGCUUUACUGCUAGUAAAAGAAAAGUCAACAAGAAAAAUUGACAAUUAAACCACUCAGGCCAGAGAUUUGGGAGCCCGUGUAAUGUCUUAACUUCUCCAGCUAUCAGAGGGACGAUAAACAUGGCUAAAAACAAAACUAGAGGAACAACUAAACCCUCAGCUUAGCGUCCAGACCUACAGAUUUUAGCCUUCCCUGACAAGUUCCCUGCAGAGAAUCAUGGGGAAGCACACAUGGAGGGUGAUGGUUCACCCAACAUUUCCAGGGGUCAGCACACUCAACCAAAUCAGGAAUCUGAAUCUUGUCUCCUCCCAUAACUGCAGCCACUUACUAAUAGGCUUUAUUAAAAAGAAAAGUUGUGGUGUCCCACAAGGAUCAA